AUGUUGAACCCCAUCCCCGUACUCCUCUCUCUCCUUCCUGCCAGCAUCGCUUCGGGUCUUCCCCGCGAAGAGCCGUCCUCACCGCUGCUGACUCUCUACGUUGCGCACCAGAAGCGUGGCAUAUUGACGUACGCCUUCAACGCCUCAAAGACCGCGUCCGAAAGCCUGACAAUUCUUGGCACCACAGACGCGGGCCACAAGCCAGGCUGGCUGCAUGCGUGCGGUGAUCGGCUGUAUGCUGUGUCCAGGGACCAAUUUUUGGACGAGACGGAUGUUAGUGGAGGCCUGUUUGCGUUUUCAAAGGCAGCUGGAAGCAGCGGAAGUGGGAGUAAUAAUGGCAGUGGCAGCCCAUGGGAUCUGAUAAGCAGUGACAGUUCGGGUGGCCAAGGCGGCGUCUACUGCGAUAUCAGCCGAGACGGGAGGACGCUGGCUGCGGCGAAUAUCGACGGAUCGACCGUGUCCGUUCACCCCAUCCUUCCCUUUGGGUCGAUAGGUGCCGCCAGCUACAACAACCCACACGCAGCCUCAUUCGAUCCGUCGGGACGCUACAUGCUCGCGCCCGACCGCGGAGCUGAUCUCGUAUACGUAUAUUCGGUGGACGGGCCGGAAUGCGUCGAGCCCCUGAUGAACAUCACGGUGCUGCCAGAUACAGGGCCGCGGCACGUCACGUUUCGGGUCUUCAACAACACGCGUACUUUUGCGUAUCUGGUAGGCGAGCUGGACAAUACUGUCAGCGUUUACACGCUGGACGGCGUGGAAAACAGCCACAAAAGCAACAGAGUAGGGACCGCGCCUCUGAGCGUCACAUUCAUCCAGCGCGCGUCAACGUUACAGCCUGGUGCCGUAAGUUCCGACCCCGACAACAUCAACGUGGCGGCCGAAGUGGUGUUAUCGACGGACGGGCGCUUCGCGUGCGUGUCGAACCGCAAUACAGUGUCGUAUGACAGCGACACGUUGGCAGUGUACGCGGUGAACCUUGCCGCAGACUCUUCUCCUAUGUCCACAGACCCCUCGUCAUCGAAGGAGGAACACUUGACGUUUCUGGGCCUUCAAGCGACAUACAGCAAGAUACCAAGGCACUUCUCGCUCUCCCCCGACGAGAACAACCGGUACGUCGCCGUCGGAAAUGAGGUGUCGAAUGGGCUGGUGAUCAUGGAGCGAGAUGCACAGACUGGAUUUAUGGGAGCAGUGGUCGCGAACUUGACGCUGGGGGACUUUGAUCUGAAGCAGGAGGAGGGGCCUAUGGCUGUGAUAUGGGCUUGA